AUGAGACCAGAUCUGGACGUGUUCAAAGGAAGAGACUCGCCGUCCCCCGUGAGAGAAAAGGUCCACGCCCCCAAUUUGAUCUCUUUGACAGGGAGGAGCCUUCUCCUACGUCGUGCCUAUGUACAGCAGGCACUGUGUAGCCCGAGCCGCACCUCCCUCCUGACUGGGCGCCGUCCUGACACCACCCACGUGUACGACCUUGACACUUACUGGAGAAAGGUCGCUGGCAACUUUACAACAUUACCCCAGUACUUUAAAAACCACGGCUACAAUACCCUUGGCUUUGGGAAGAUCUUCCAUCACGGAGACGCAUCAGGAAACAAUGAUCCGUUAUCAUGGUCAGAGCCAUACUAUGAGACCAAACCAGAGGUGAAUGGUUUUGCUACUGAUGGGAAUUCAUGGCGAGCGGUACCUACGAAUCUUUUAAAGAGCAAUUCCCUUCAAGACACCAUCACUACAAACGUGGCUAUUCAGAAGUUGAAGUCCAUUGCACCCAAAGCCCGAUCUGGACAGGAACCCUUCUUUUUAGCACUUGGUUAUCACAAGCCACAUCUUCCAUUUGUCUUUCCGGAGAAGUUUCUGAGCUACUACCCAGAUGAUUCCAUUCACCUACCUCCUAAUCAGUAUCCACCUCUGGACAUGCCGUCUAUUGCUUGGACAAGAUACCCCGAGCUGAGGUCAUACAAAGACAUUGCUCAUCUGAAUGCAUCUGGAGAGCCCAAUACAACCCUACCAGCUAAUGUGGUAAAGGCCCUGAGACGGGCCUACUACAGUUGCAUCUCAUACAUCGACGAGGAACUGGGAAGAGUCUUAACGGAACUGGAACAGCAAGGGUUGGCAGAUGACACAAUUAUAUCCUUCUUUGGGGACCAUGGAUGGCAGUUAGGUGAACAUGGGUUGUGGAGCAAACACACCAACUUCGAUGUAGCUACCCAUGCCCCUAUGAUGCUGCACAUACCCGGACUCACCGACCAAGGAAUAGUGACAGAAGAGCUUGUGGAAUUUGUAGACCUGUUCCCUACACUGGUUGAUGCUGCUGGGCUUCCCACUCUUCAAGUCUGCCCUGAAGAUUCCUCAAAGAUGGAUGUGUGCACAGAAGGACAGAGUUUCCUCCCUUUGAUCAAGCAGCCCAAAACUGAUAACUGGAAGAAUGCUGCAUUUUCUCAGUUUCCUAGACACCAGAAUCUUCGUCAUCAGAUAAUGGGGUACUCGAUGACGACCGGUCGUUAUCGAUACACUGAGUGGGUCGGAUUUGACGGUACUCAUUACAAACCCCACUGGUCAGCAUUGUAUGGUGCAGAGCUGUAUGACCAUUAUCAGGAUCCACAGGAGAACGUCAACCUGGUUCAUGAGCCUGCCCACAAGGGCCUGGUGGCCAGGCUCAGUAAUCGUCUUCACGCAGGGUGGAGACAUGAAGUAACCACUCACCAGGGGCCUUCUAUUAUUGGGUAA